ACAUCCACUUCUCAUCCAUGCAAGCACCCUCCCUCUCUCUCCCACCCUUCUCUCUUCCGCCUCUUCGUUUGCUUCUCAACAUUCUUAGUUGUUUGAUGCUUCAAACCCAUUUGAAUUGUGCAUUGAGAGCUUAAUUGUGGAGAGGAAUUCGGAAAUCAUGCCUCGAAGAUACGCUUUCGGGAGGGCGGAUGAGGCCACCCACCCUGAUUCCAUCAGAGCCACUCUGGCAGAGCUUGUGUCUACUUUCAUCUUUGUGUUUGCAGGGGAAGGCUCUGUUCUUGCUCUUGACAAGCUGUACAAGGAAACCGGGCCACCGGCUUCUGGUCUGGUGAUGAUCGCGCUGGCACAUGCGCUGGCGCUGUUUGCAGCUGUGGCAGCUAGCAUCAACGUCUCCGGUGGACAUGUCAAUCCAGCUGUUACCUUUGCUGCCCUAGUUGGAGGAAGGAUCUCGGUCGUCCGGGCUAUCUAUUACUGGGUUGCUCAGAUCCUCGGCUCCAUCAUUGCUUCUCUCUUGCUCCGUCUCGUCACAAACGGCAUGAGGCCAGUUGGGUUCUAUGUGACGUCUGGCGUGGGCGAGCUGCACGGGCUGAUACUGGAGAUUGUGCUGACAUUUGGGCUGGUGUAUGUCGUCUACGCCACGGCCAUUGAUCCCAAGAGAGGGAGUUUGGGGAUCAUGGCACCGCUGGCGAUUGGGCUGAUAGUCGGGGCGAACAUCUUGGUUGGUGGCCCAUUUGAUGGUGCGGCAAUGAACCCAGCAAGAGCGUUUGGACCAUCGUUGGUGGGAUGGAGAUGGAAGAACCAUUGGAUCUACUGGCUGGGUCCUUUCCUCGGCGGAGGAUUGGCCGCGAUCAUCUACGAGUACAUGGUGAUCCCCACCGAGCCACCGCUUCAUACCCAUCACCAACCCUUGGCUCCAGAAGACUACUAAGUUUACUACCAUUUCUGUUGGGUGUCUACUGUUUCAUGGAUCUCAAGGAGUUGUAAAGCAGCAAGCUUUUCUGCAUACUGUGUUCUUUUUUCCCUCUUUUUUCUUUUCGCUGAAGAACUGAGACUGUAAUUUUAGUGUUCUGUUCAUUGUCAAUGUCAUUGUCAUGUGUCUUUGUUCAAUCUUGUGAUGGAAAUAAAAUGUGUCAUCUUUGUUUUCUUCUCAUUUACAACAGCAUAUGAAUUACAAAAGAAUUAUUCGUCCACCAAUUAUAGCAUUUUUGGUUUACACAACAAAUCAGCAGGUUUCUGGGAUGAACCUGGGGCGGUGGAGGAAUGAAUCAUCAGCUAGCUAUGGUCGUCUGCUUGUAAAACCUGGCAACCCAAGGAGCGAGUUGGGUGUCAUGAGGUGUCCUCGGGUUGGCAGCGUAAUAAUCCGACCAAAAACAAGGCGACAACUGAUCAGUAAAUUCGCCAUCGGCAUAUAUACAGAAGGGCAACCAGCUCUCGCCUCCGUUCAUCCUCCUUUUCCUUUCUCUUGGGUAAGCCAGUGGCGACUGAACGUACCUGUGGUUUACACAACAGGACACCACAUAAUCAAACGUGAGAAUCCAG